AAUAUGGAAUUCCUCCAAAAUGUUGAUGAUUAUUCGAAAUAGAGUGAUGAGACCAGCUCAUAUCAUCUCAUAUCCCGUCUUUCAUAUGAUAAACUGCUCCAUCAUGUUUCAAUUUAUAGUCUGGUCUGUUCCUCACAUUUCACCAAGCUAGUGUAGAUACCUAAGUACCUACCUAGGUAGUCUAUAUACGGAGUACACAGGUAGGGCAAACAUGAAACUGCUCAAUACCUACUUAAUAUCACUGGUAUCUCCAGAAGAUGCCCUUCAUCGAAACACGAAAGCCACCAUCAUAUCGAUUCCCAUUUGCAGCCUACUGAGUUUCAUUCGUCACUAUGAAGCAUAAUCCGAGAUACGCCUUCAUUCGGCAAUUCGUCUCUGGCCACGGCGCGUUGACACGGGAAGAAAUCAGAUAUCUUAGACUGCUUCUUCCGAGCUACCAUCCUGACUUCGUUGUCGAGUUACCUCUAGAAAUUGUCAUUUUGAUCGCCUUGCAGCUAACACGCAGAGACUUUGCCCGCUGCUUGAGCGUGUCCAAGGCUUGGAGAGAGCGGUUUUUGUCCGACCCCGUCAUGGCGGCAUAUACGAUUCGCCGCUGGCCGGCAUUUAUUGACGGUGCAAUGAAUCAGACCAGAUUUCUCCAAAUUCUCUCGAGAUUAGAUCACAAACUUAUUUGGGCGUCCAUUAUGGGCAACAUUGCCCCCGAAACCGAACUCGUUACUUGGGACGUGACCGCUGGUUACCAAUUAGAUUCGAGAUUUCAUCAUCCACUAGACAAUCCUCCUACGCCAUACACACAAUUUCGUAUGGGUGAAGAUCAUCAAGCUCUCACGGCCUUAUAUUGUUCUGGGAAAGUAGCGUGUCACUUGUGCGGCUGCAUCGUCGUUAUUGACGACCUUAAAUCCAAGACGCGAAAGGUCCUAGCUCCGCCGAGUGGUAUAAUCCACGGAUUAUCAAUGAAGCUGCAAGCACUAGGCUCUAAACUAGUCGUAGCAUCAAUGGAUCGGACGAUAAUUGCUUGGGAUCAUGUCGAAAAUAAGGCGUAUGAAAAAUCGCUACCUUGUCAGAGUCUUAAGUGCGCAACUUGCGACGACAGAGUUGCUAUUAUCCUUUAUGGCGGAAAUGUAGUUCUCUGGACACCUGGCCAUGCCAUAGUCCAGUUGGACGUCUCUCCUGUCAUCCACGAACCUAGCAUUCCUCUUUCCAAGGUCAAACCACGGGAAACCCUCCAGGGUGUGUUCUUCAACGUUCAUGACAAGAGGACCUUAUACCUAGCUUCUGCCUCUGUCUUUGGUGACGAAUUAAAUGCUAGGCUUCACGUCACAGUCCAGGAAUUUUCAUCGGCAAGCCACAUAGGCACGUACUCGUCCGAGUUAGCAGACUAUGAAGGACCCGGGGCUUGGAACCAACCAACCCUUGAGCUGUUGGAGUACGAGUUCGAUCUAAGCUUCAUCAUCUUUGGGGGCCGAUGCAUGACCCGUGGUCCAUUCGUUUACACAUUGUUCGAUAAGAUUGAACGAAAAUUUACUACCUUUGAUCCAAAUAACAUCUGGACUUUCGAUGACAAUAGACCAGCCUUACCACUUCGAAAGUCCAAGAAGGCGGCUAUUGAUCUGGACUUUGCAGUCCGCCUUGACACUAAAUCUCUAUUUUAUCAAGUAAAUGCGUUGAAAUAGAUGGACUUUAAUCCCGGCUCGCAGUCUUGAAUGCGGUCAUCGCAUGUAUGAUAAGAUUUCGUAAGACCAAACUUUAUCUCAAACAUGGCAGGCUAAUUGAUAGAAACUCUCUCCUUUCAAAAGGGAAACUCCAUAUAUGGUUACAGUUACCAUGUGGCGAACACCCGUUGUUUACAUCCGUGCCAAAAAAAAAAAAAAAAA